GCUUCUCAAGGAAGUUGUACUCCGAAUACAAGAUUCACUAAUUUCACUACAUCACAGAAGAAAUGGAUGAGAAGGCUCUAUGGGAACAAGCCACAGAGCACCACUGGUUCCAAUUAGGCUAUUAUCAUGAUAGUCUUCUAGGCUUUGAGGAGUGUUGAUACUUGAUAUCAGCAGUCUUACCAUUGCUUUGCAAAUAGGCUGUUUCCGUACAUGGUACAUGAUGAUAAGGUUAAAUCAGAAAGCAUCUGAUUCUGACCAAUUAUGUGGAUAGCAUCUAGUUUCAAUUUUGUUAAUAGGGAAUAAUCUAUCCAUUUUAAUAUCUUCUUCACGUCCAUCCAAUCUAACUUCAUGGACAAGCUGCUGCCCAAAUAUUUUCUACAGAAUAAUUUCACAGCUUCCGGAAGGAUUCCCUUAGAAUUUAGAAAGGAUAGGUUUCAAGAGAGUGAAUCUUUAGAAGAACUCUUUAUCCUUUUGUGAUGCUCCUUCAGAUGUUCAUCGAAAUCCGAUAUUUAUUAACAAUUUUAAAGAAUAUUCCAUUUCAAUGAUGAAGAUGAAAAGUUCUAAUACUUAGCACAAGUACCCUCCACACUUUAGCUUCUUUUUUUAUUCUUGUAGCAUCCCUUUCUACAAGAUUAUGAUCAAGAUAAUAUCAACCAUCCGAUAUGGUUUGAUACACCGGCUUUUCUGCUGUUGGAUAUGUUUGAAAAUCUCUGUUUGGACCAAUCUAUUACUCUAGAUAAAGAAAAUAGUAAAGAGUUCUACUAGAAAGGAACAAUCAAGGGGAGUGCAAGGUACUAGAGAUAACAAGAACGAAGUUCCUGAGUUGAGUGAGUCGUCUUCUGAAUGGAGCCAAUAGCUAUAUGCAGGACUAGCAGGUCUUCCAGGUCUUCCUUGGGUGAGAGGGUUAUGUUUAUAGGCUUGGGCGUUCUUGCCGUGAUUUCACCUCUAUAUAUUAACCGGAGACCAGUUAUUGAAUCGGAGGAUGAUGAACAAUCCAUCAAUCUGUCUUCUUGGUUGCCUUUGCUGCUCUUGCUGCUGAUCUUGGCUAUUGCUUUAUCGAUGUAUGCAGACAAGCGCUUUACAAGGACUAGCAAGUUUUCCUCAUAUGAGAGGCUUGUGGGAAUUGGCAUGGGCCUUAUAGCAGUGAUUUCACCUUUGUAUAUCAACCGGAGACCAGAUAUUGAUCCAGAGCUUGAAGAACAAUCCAUCAACCUGGCUUCUUGGUUGCCUCUGCUGCUUUUGGUUCUGAUCUUGGCCAUUGCUUUGUCACUGUAUUUAGACCAGAGCCUUACCAGGUUUGAUCCUUAUUGGAUUCAUAGAAUUGGUGGCUCUUCUGGUGGAAUCAUUAUAAUCCUUGUGAUUCUCGCAUUGGUUUUGAAAUGCAAGGCUUCUUAUGGGGGAAAGGCCGAAUGAAACAAGGAGAACAAGCAGCUUCCAGUAAAAAACCUUUCACUAUUCUUGUUUUCAGGAAAGAAUUUCCUUUGAUAAAUAAAACAUCUUUUAUUUGCUUCCCUUGUAGGGAAAUUUCCUUUUAAAUGUUAAAAAGCUUGCUUUUCUUCC